UUUGUCAUUCGGUUCGGAUCCUGAUCUUCAACAGAAGGAGCUCCGUUUUCCCUCUUCUUCUUCUUCCCCCCCCAUCAAAACACAAAGACUUUCCUCAAUUUUGCUGUCGCUGAUACUAUCAGAGGAGCCCAAAAGCAACCUCGCCAACUGCCCAAUAAAGAGUACCACAGUUCGCUUUCGAUUCUUUUUUGGGUGAAAAAAAAAAAACAUGCAUCCUCCAUUAACGCUUCACAAGCAUCCCAUGUGUGCCAAAGUAAUUGAGCAGUUCCAGAAGUGUCAUGUAGACCAUCCUAUUGCAAAAUUUUUUGGUGAAUGUACAGACCUCAAAGUAAAGCUUGAUCGCUGCUUCAGGCAAGAAAAAGCCUUGAAGAGGAAGGCAAAUUUUGAAAACAGUAAGAAAUUGAAGGAAAGGCUACACGCUUUCAGGAAGGAAAACAAUGAGAGAAGCAGUGAAGAGAAGAAUUUCAUGCAAGCUUAAUGGUCAAAAUAAAGGCAUCCUGUCAUACCUCAAAAGAAUUCAAUGUCAAUCAAAUACCUUGCAACAUGUUGGUGUUUCCAUGAUUUCUUUUUUUUUUUUUUUUUUUGGUGGUGAAAUUUUUUCCAAGAAUUAAUGUAGAUGUAAUAGGACGCAAUGUAUUGCUAUUCACAAAUUGGUGAUAAGUUGGAAUAUGGUCCACAUCGAGUUGCUUAUGAUAUUCUUUUCAUCU